AUGCUUUUGCUAAACGGAUCAUGCGAAUCGGAACUAAUUGUCAAUAUGCACAUUAGUCCGAGUUUUGAUAAGGAAAAUUUGGAAAAGUUUUGGGUACUCGAUGAGACGUAUGAGAUCACAAAACGGUCCAAUGUAAAAAUGCUAUCUCCAUAUUUGAUUGCAGUAAGUCGAGGCGUGCCGAUUAGUAUGUAUCCACUACAAUUUGUCAAAUCAAUUAAGGAAAAGGACAUCGAUAAGAAGCCUAACAAAGAUGUCAAUUAUACCAUGAAUCAUGAUGAUCAUGACUCGCAACUACCCAAAUUCUUGAACAGAUUUAGAAACGAAAAACUUUUACGAUAUGACAAUGAUGAAAUUCCCUGCGAUACUUGUGGCGGAAAAAAUAAAAAUUCACGAGGUAAAUCACAAAAUAAAUAUGAUGGCAACUUAACUGUAUCAAAAAACCAGUACUACUUUAAUCCCUGUCAUAUUAACUCACAACAUGAGGAUCGAUCUAACGGAAAGCCAAUUCGUCAAUCAUGCGGUUGCUUUCGUAAUCCAAAUGAUUGCAAUUGUGAAAAGUCAAAGCUAACCCGUGAUCUAAGUACCACAUGGGAAACAAGCGGCAGUUACUCCGUUUACGAUAUGAGUACCCCUUUACCUUUCGUUGCAACUAAAAUUGAUAUUUUUAGAAAGCGUCAUAAUAGGUGGUGGAGGGUUGUCCCAACUGUAUUAUUAAAUAGCUUAACUGGAAUAUAUGCAAACGGAAAUCUUUCAAUUCUAUUUACUACAAAUAUAGAUGUACUACAGAUGGAAAAGUCAACACGGCUACAUGCAAUUAGCAUGAAAAUCAAAAUGCCCUUCCGAGAGAAUACGCCUUUAUUACAAAAUCUUUAUAAAGUGAAAAUAUCUAGAGUUAUUACUGAUACCACGACAAAAGAUGCUCUUCAAAUUAUAGUCGAAAUUAUUAACAAAGGAUUUGAAGCGAAGGAAUUUGUUAUAUAUAUUUGUAACUGUCAAAAAUCAAUGGGGAUAUUAAGUACAAUAACUGCUAAGAAAGUACUAUUGCCAUCUGUUGGUGAAUCUGUAUCAUUUAUGUUGCCUUUAAUAAUUGGCUUAAAGAAAAACAUUAAAUUUAGUUGCGAUGUUGUUGUUAAGACCAAUAUGGUAAGCGACACUGCGGGAAUCCGUCUAAAAACCCUAAAACAGCCCAAUGCAAAUAUGGCCAAUGUAGCAAAGAGGUCAAUGGAUAUUAAAAUACAUUCAAGAUGUUUUUGUGUCUGGAGAUGUCGCUGCCAUUGCCUUGAAAAAUUGGAAACUUAUAUAAAUUUCAAUGUCUGUGAAAAAAUGAACCAUAAUUCAGAAAAUGAGGCCGGGCUUCUCUUGAGUUGCCCACCUGCAGAAGAGCGAAAUGAUAUGUGCAUCCUGGAGAGCAGUAACGCCAACAAUAAUUUAAGAUUCUACCAUUCUUUUUUUUUUACAAUUCUACGUUUAGCUCUUUUUAUAUUGAUACUGCUGUUUUUAUUAGGCUUUUUAAAAGGUAUUUUCGGCUUUUGUGUUCAAUCAAUAAAUCAAUUCGGAUUUAAUACCAUUCAGCCGGGAAUUAUUUUUGAAUGCACUUCUAAAACAAGAAUUUUUAUAGUAAACUGUUUCUUCUUUAUAUGUAUACCAUUUGUAUUUUGGUGCAAGUGCUUUAGACCAAAGGUUGAAGAUUUGAUGGCAGCUAGUACCGAAUGGUUUUGUAGUCCUCAAGAUACCGAUGAGAACUCGAAAGGAAGUCAAAAAUUAUAUGUAUCUAUACCUACUAGUAUAAACAUUGCUGAAAGGGAGGGGAAAUGGUACGCGAAUAGCAGUGCGUAUUGUCGAGAACGCUUAGGCAAUCGCCGGAAAGCGCUUCGGGAACCUACCGGUGUACACAUUACGACAAGGGGUGGAAAUCUUGAGGGAUACCGGCAAGUAUUACCGAGAAUGCCUAUGCAACAGCCGCACUGCCCUUACGAAAAUGAAUGUAAUUGCAAACGCCGUAUUUAUGCUGGCUAUGAGGAAACUGACCAUAACAAUACCAUAAGUGUUCUGCGUGCACUAAUGCCAGUACACGAAAAUUUUUUAUUUAAAGAUGAAAAACAAGACGAUGAUGAGAGUACAGCAUAUAUCUUAGAGGUAUUGGAAGAGAGCAAAAAUUCUUUGAGUAAAUUAGUACGAUUAUAA